GUUGUAUUUUAAUACAGCCGUACCAUUCUAUAUUUAUGUUGCAACAUCACCUGCAUUUAGACGAGAAUUAAAAAGAGUUUUUAUUAAAUUAUAUGCUUGUAUGACAGGAAAACAAAUUAGAGAUGAACAACAUACACGUGGUAUGACAACUACUGUACGUCCUUAA